AUGGCACCGUACUCGGUGGGCUGGGCGGAGAGCGAUGCCGGGCGCCAGUGGGCGGGGCCUUACCCCGUGGGCGUGGUUAACGUAAGGCCGGGCGCCAGUGGGCGGGGCCUAGAGUUCGGCCGGGAGAGGAGAGUCUUCAUUCUACUUGAGCUCUUAGCCCGGCGCACGCGGGGGCCCCCAGGCUGCCGCCAACACCCCAGCGGAGUGGAUAUCCGAGACGAAGCUGAACCACAGGCUUAUAUCUUAGAGACCCCCAGGACCCUGGACCAUCCAGGCCCCCAGGCGCCCCCUACUCCCUUUCACCCCCACGCCUGCAGCCCUGGCCUCUCUCUCCCUCACUCUCCAGCCUGGGGCUGUUCAGAUCUUGCCUGCUAUACCGACUACCUCCAGACAGUCACCUGUGUCUUGGAGAUGUGGCCUGUCCACCCGCGCACACUCACCCUAACCUGGCAAGACCUGCAUGGAGAACUGGAGGAUGAGGUCACCACCUGCUGCCUCUACCUGUCCACCCACAACGCCACCCACGCAUGGUACACGUGCCACAUGGAUGUGUCCUACUUCCUGGCCGAUGACAUUUUCACUGUCAACAUGACGGACCACUCAGGCAAACAGUCCCAGGAAUGUGGCAGCUUUAUCCUGGCAGAAAGCAUCAAACCAUCUCCCCCCUUCAACGUGACCGUGACCUUCUCGGACCACUAUAACAUCUCCUGGAGCUCUGAUUAUGAAGACGCCGUCUCCUACACAUUGAAGGGCAAGCUGCAGUAUGAGCUUCAGUACAGGAGCCGGAGCGCCCCCUGGACUCUGAGUCCAGGGAGGAAGCUGAUCUCUGUGGACGUGAGAAGUGUCUCUCUCCUUCCCCUGGAAUUCCACAAAGGCUCGAGCUAUGAGGUGCAGGUACGGGCAGGGCCCCAGCCCGGCUCCUCCUUCGAGGGCACCUGGAGUGAGUGGAGUGGCCCGGCCGUCUUUGAGACCCAGCCAGAGGAGACGGACGGCAGGACCGGGGGACAGUACCAUGACCUUUGGCUGCUGUUCAUUGCAGUCCCUGUCCUCUUGGCCCUGAGCUACCUGCCUUGGAGGUUCUGGAAGAAGGUGUGGGGCCAGGUGCCCAGCCCAGAAUGGUUCUUCCAGCCGCUGUACAUGGGCCACCACGGGGACUUCAAGAAAUGGGUGGGCACACCUUUCACUGCCUCUAGCCUGGAGCUGCAACCCGGGGCCCCAGGGGCGCCCUUGACCCUGGAGGUACAAAGAUGCUGGCCCUCACACAGUCCAGCCAAAGGGCCAGCACCCACACAGCUGCCGGACCCUGCCCAAGUGCUGGAAGCUGACGGGCUUCCUGAGCCAGCAUUCUGGGCUCCAACCCCAUCCCUGGCCGACAGCCCGGAUGGCUCUGUUUACAGUGAGGCGAGGGACCGGCCAUACGGCUUGGUGUCCAUCGACACAGUGACCGUGCUGGAUGCAGAGGGGCCGUGCGCCUGGCCCUGCAGCUGUGAGGAUGAUGCUUAUCCAGACCUGAAUCUGGACUCCGCCCUGGAGCCCAGCCUGGGUGCCGAGGACCCACUGUUGGGCGCAGGGGCCACAGUCCUCUCCUGUGGCUGCGUCUCGGUUGGCAGCCCCACCAGGCUGGGCAGCUUCCUGGACAGGCUCAACUUGCCCUUGGCAGCCACAGAGGGCUGGACCCCGGAGCCGCCCUGGGGCAGUGGGUUGCUUGAGACGGCCUUCGACAGUGAGGCAGGAUCACCCCAGACGGCCCUGGACAUGGACACGUUCGACAGCGGCUUUGCGGGGUCCGACUGUGGUAGCCCUGUGGAGUGUGGCUUCACCAGCCCUAAGGACGAGGGCCCCCCGAGGAGCUAUCUGCGCCAGUGGGUGGUCAUGGCGCCUCCACCCUCAGUGCCUGGGCCCCAGGCCAGCUAA